GGGGCAAUGUGAAGAGUCGCGGACUCUAAGUGUGCUUGCUGCUGCGGACCCCAGACAGAGAGCAGAAAAAAUAUUCAAAAAAUAUUCGGCAAUGCCGCCGAAGCGACGGAGAAGAUUCCAUGGCCUUUAUUACCAUUCAUCGCCACCCAAAGUUAUGCCAAUGAACGGACAAGCGGGCGGCCUCAAUGGCAGCAAGCGGCGCAGCAAUGACGAUUUCUCGGUGAAGCUAUCCACCAUUCGCAUCUGGAUGCACGAAAAGGACAUUGGCAAGCUGACGCGCAUUCUGUGGGCGGGCCAAGGACAUCGCCUGUGCCAGCAGGCCAGCAACAAUGGGCGUGUCAAGCGGUUCCUCGCCGCCGUGCCGCAUGUUAUGAAUGCCAUUAGGGAUCUGCAUCAGGCGGUGAUCGACAACAGUCUGGAGACGGUGCAGGCACAGCUGGAGCCACCCGUGUCCGCCGCUCUGGUGACCUGCCGCGAUGGCAAUGGCCUGAAUGUCAUACACAAGGCCGCCGGGCUGGGCCACACCAAGAUCUUGGAGUAUUUGGUUGGCCUCUGGCCGGAGGGCGCCCACGAGAUGGACAUCACCGGCAAGACGCCGCUCCACUGGGCAGCCAGUGCCAAAAAUAAUAUGCGCUGCUACACGCUGCUCACCCAGGCGGGCUGUGACGAGGAGGCGCUGGAUUAUAAAAUGAAGACACCUUCGUACUAUCGCCACAAGCCGCACGAAAUCGAACGCGCCUUUCUCGUCUAUGUGCCGGAGGCGCCGCGCGUCUCCCCGGAGAGCAUCACCGAUUGGGGGGCCUUGAGCGACGAGAACGGUGGCGACGCUGCUCUUGAGAAGAAAUUGGAAAUGAAGCCCCAAGUCCCAACUCUGAACGGGCGCAAGUCUCUGGAUGACAGCAUCGAGAACACCUCGGAGCUGGACACAAACGAUGGUACAAGUGCCAACGAUGAGGAAGAAGAUUUGUCCAAGGCAGACUUGGAUGUGGAUGUGGAUGAGGCCGAGGCGGAGGCGGAGGCGGAAGUGGAAGUGGCGCCAUUGCAGCGCAGACCGGAAACGCCGGCCACAUUCAACAAUGGCCACAUCAAUGGCGAUGGCGAUGACAUCGAAGGGGAAGUCGAAGUCGAAGUCGAAGGGGAAGUCGCAGUCACCGAAGAGCCAGAGCCUGAAGCGGAGAAUAUUGCAAGAGCUGUAGAUGGCCAGGGUGGAGAGCAGCAGGAGGAGCAACCACAGGAGGAGCAAACUGUCGCAGAGCAGACGGAGGAGCAGCCUGCCACAGAGAGUGAGCCGGAGGUUAACGAAAAGACUGAAGAGGCGCGGCCAGAGACGGAAGCAGUGGAAGAGACAGAAAAGAUCAACGAGCCGCAGGAGGAGCAGCCCGAAGCGGAGGCUGAGGAGCAGGAUAAUGUAGAGCAGAUUGAUGAUAACGAUGAAGACGAUGACGAGGUACACUUUGGCGUGCUGUAGGUGUACGGUUCUGUAGUUCUUGUCACGUAUACGUACUGUGUGCCCGUUCAACCGCUCAAAAAACUCAAAAACACUGCAAAUAUGUGAACUGUAAUCAAUCCAGCAACUGCAGCAGGCACCCCGCAACAAUUCCAUGUAUUCUAAUUGUUUAACAACAAACAAAGAGCAGCAGCGCAAACAACAGCAGGAGG